UUACAUGGUAUCGUUAACAUCGUAUCGUAUGUAUACACAUCGCUAGAUCUAACCACGUCAAGAUAAGAAUAAAUAUUAUUUUAUCGUCUAUAAUGCAAAUACCGCCCUAUAUGCAUUACCACUCGUUCCAAACAAUCCAUGUAGUUUGGUUCUAAAUUGAAAGGAAUAAUGCAACGGCAACGGCAACGGCACCGGCAAUGGCAACGACAACAGCAACGGGGCAGCAACGCCUGCGCGUUUACUAGUAAACCAGAAAUGGUGUAUCCAAUUCAUCUUGUAAUAACUCUCCUCUCCCCAUAGUUUUGGCGGUGGGUGGGUGGUAUGUUACAUACAUACGCUUACGCGUCGUUGAGGAACGUUAGGGAUGAAGCUAGCGGUAACCUUUCUCGUAGCCGUGCCGUUAAUCGUCGGUCGGUCAAACGCGCGGUCUUCUCGUCGUCGGCGUCGCCGUCGGUUCGUCAAUUUUACAAACGCACAUACGUUCUUCCGUUGGUUCGUUUUCUCGGUCGACCGACGCCGACGCCGACGCCGACGCCGACGCCGACAUUCAGUCAAUCGGAUGUCACCAUUCAUUUCUUUUUGCGUGUUCCAGUGCUUUCGAGUCUUUGGCGAUCGAGUACACGCGAGUUGCCGUGCUUGUGAAACGAAAUGGCGAAAGAGAAGACGAACGAUUGCGAUUGUCCGAUGUACAAAAAUUCCUACCAUUUUCGAUGCAACGGUUUCGUCGAAACAGCCUUCCAGUACCGUGAUCCGAAUAAGAUUUCGUUCUGAUAUGCAAAAACGAACAGUAUGUCCAUCGAGACGGAAAGAAGAAAAAGAAAUUGGAAAUUGUUCGAAAGCGCGUACCACCACGAGACGCUGACAACGAGAUGUUUUCUUUUAUUACUCGGUUUGACUACAGCAGGAUUUUGCAAUGCGAAACAACAAGCAGAUACUGAUGGAUUUCAACAAAGUUGCAAACUCGAAGGUCUGCAUCCACUUUUGAUCGUUACCUACAAGAAUAUCGCGAUAUCCGUAGAUAAAAUUACUGUGCCGCAUGGGGAACGGGUGACGAUAAGAUGCAGGGAACUGGGUAAAUACAAACUCGUCGGUGAUUCGUUGCUGCAUUGCCGUAACGCGAGUUGGAACGGAAAACUACCCUCCUGCAUUCCGACAACCGCAAUCUCAAAUUAUACCGGAGUAACAGAAGAUGUGCCGCCAACGAUCGUGUUUGGAUUACCAGCCGGCUCGGCUGCCGUCGAACCGUCGGGUGCUCUUGCAGUCUUUCCGGGGAGCAUUCUUCAUUUGGAGUGUCUGUUCACUAGGAAACUUGGUAAUCCAGAAUGGACUUGGACUUCGACGUUUCGUCAAUAUUUGACCGGAUGGGCGAUCGCCGCUCGCGAGAGAGAUUGGAAGUAUCGGUUAUCGAUAUAUUACGCGAAAGCUCAAGAUUCGGGUGUCUACACGUGCUCUACACCACGUGGACUAUCAAAUUCCAUCCGUGUUCUCGUCGUGGAUGUUCAAUGCCCAGUUUUAAGCCUACCCGAACCACCGUUGAUCGGAAAGAUCCAAGGGGCGCGAAUGGGUCACGGAGCAGUCUUCGAAUGUCCUGCCAGCUAUAGGCUAGAAGGUGCCGCUGGUAUAACGUGCCAAUACAACGGUAAAUGGUCCGGUGAUAUGCCACGAUGCGAGACAAUCAAAUGUCCAGCUAUUAACACAUCUACCGACAUAUGGCUACAACUUGUCGAGUACAAUAAUACCUUUGGCGGUAAAGCUGUAUUCGCUUGUAUGUGGGGACAAAAGCUAUCGGGAUCGCAAAGCGUAGAAUGCAAAGCCGAUGGUUCGUGGAGUGGAGAUAUGCCGAGCUGUACGGAAAUUACCUGUCCGGCACCAUCGAUACCAAAGAGUGGACAUAUUAUCGAGCAAAUGCAUCGGCAGCACACAUCCUUGGGAAGAAAACAACAUCGUCGGAGUCGUGUGUACAAAGUCGGUGCUCUCGUUCGAUUCGCUUGCUCACCGGGACAUGAACUUUUGGGCAAGGCUUCUAUAAUAUGUACCGAAAAUGGAACCUGGUCUCAUUCGUCGCCAGUUUGCGAAGUGAGAUGUCCUUAUCCCGGCGAUCCGCCACAUGGACGAAUCGCACCACUCAAGUAUUGGUACAAACCUGGGGAUAACAUUCAGGUAACCUGCUCGCCUGGAUACGUAACACCCCUGGAGCCUGUUCGAAAACCAACGUGUCGAGAAAACGGUAUUUGGAGUGCGCCACCGCCUCCUUGCAGAUCGUACAAAGAUAUUUAAAACGAACAACUUCCGAGUAGAUCGAUGUUGAAAAUCGAUCUUUUAUUAAAUUUUCUCAAAUUACUGUCAAGGUUCGAUAUGUACAUACAUCGUAUACAGACACGGUUCUGAGAUGCAAGAUAUCGAUUAUUCGAUAGUCGUGAAAUAAACGGUACGUAGUUACGUACAUAUCAAUCGA